CUUUUUCUCUCAAUUCCCUUUGGGUUCUUUUGCCAUUUUGCAUUGGGCCCAUGCCUUAAAAUCAGAGAGCCAAACAGUGGGUCCUUUGGCCCAUUGUCCAUGCCAACCAUCAAGUACCCUUCUAUUUUAAUCCUACUUUUCCUCUUGCAUCCUCACCAACCCUUUCUUUCCCCCCUCACUUUCUUAGCACCUACUUCCUCUAAGGAUAUUUUACAAGGACCAAUUGACUCACCUAGAAACAUGUCUUAAGCAUGUGGAGGGGAAGAACUGGACCACCCAGUAAAAACCCAUUCACAGGGAAAAUGUGCAAGCUCCACUCAGACAGGAUCCAAGCUCAUCAAUGAGCUUGGGUAUCUGGAGCUGUGAGGCAGCAGUGCUAAUUGCUGCACCACUAUGCUGGCUUAAUUAUUGAUUGAUUGAUUCUGAUUAUUGACCCUUGGUUAUUUACGGUUUCAAAACAUUUUGAGCACCUUUUAUUAAAUUUCCUUCUAACCUUCCACGUUCUGGAAAAAAGUGCUACCUUGGCAUCUCUUAUCUCUUCAUGACUGAAAUCCCACAUUCUUUAAUAUUUUAAGAAAAAUUCUCUGUACCCUCUCUUAGAAUAAUUUAUAUUUUUAGUCCUGAACAUUCUGAAGGAAUCUGCUGUAGCUUGUUUGUUACCUAUAUAAUAAUGAGUGUUGCAGUUCAUGUUGCAGAGCUGAGGGGAUUCCAGGCUGUAGGAGACAGAGUGGAAAUGUAUUAUUUUGCUUUGGGUUUUUUAUUAAUUUGAUUUUAAUUAACUAAUUUUAGUUUUCACUAAAUUUGAAUACUUUUUAAAUGUUUCUGUUAAAUUCAAUGGCACCUGUGACGUGGAUGCUAUUUGGACCUUGUAGUUGUACUUGAAUGCAGAGGGCCAAUGAAAUAAGCCCUCCACAUUUAGCCCAUGCAGACUCUUCCAGUCAGUUAGGCUCAAUCCAGCAUGACCUCUCCCGUUUUCUUAGCACCAAAGUUGGAAAGUUUUGGAUGGAUAGAAAGUUUUGUAAUGAUACAAACACAUACCCUUCACUGUGUAUCUCUUCAAUCAAAUCGAUAAUGGAAAUGAUAAAGCUUUUGGAAUGAAUCAUCUUCAAAUCUAGCAGGAAAAAAAAUGAGUGGUUCAAAACCUGAUAUUCUAUGGGCUCCGCAUCAUGUGGACAGAUUUGUCGUUUGUGACUCUGAACUUUGUCUUUAUCGUACUGAAUCAGUUGGAAAUUUUGAAGCUAAAGCUGGUUCUUUGAGGCUUUCCGAGGACACCACAGCCACAUUGCUGGCAAUUAACUCUGACACCCCUUAUAUGAAAUGUGUGGCUUGGUAUCCUAAAUAUGAUCCUGAAUGUUUACUUGCUGUUGGUCAAGCCAAUGGACGGGUUGUCCUUACUAGCCUUGGUCAAGAUCGCAAUUCUAAAUUCAGAGAUUUGAUAGGUAAAGAAUUUGUUCCUAAGCAUGCUCGUCAGUGUAAUACACUAGCUUGGAAUCCUGUGGACAGCAAUUGGCUUGCUGCUGGAUUGGACAAACACAGGGCAGAUUUCUCUGUACUCAUUUGGGAUAUCAGCAGCAAAUAUGCACCAGAAAUUGCAGUUCCAGCAGAAAAAGUCCGGCUUUCUGCUGGUGAUACAGAUGCAGGACUUGUAGUGACAAAGCCAUUAUAUGAACUAGGCCAGAAUGAUGCAAGUCUCUCCCUUUGCUGGCUCCCAAGAGACCAAAAACUGCUUUUGGCAGGUAUGCAUCGCAAUCUUGCAAUUUUUGACUUGAGAAACACCAGCCAAAAGAUGUUUGUCAAUACAAAAGCUGUUCAGGGUGUAACAGUUGACCCUCAUUUCCAUGAUCGUGUGGCAUCUUUCUUUGAAGGGCAGGUGGCAAUCUGGGACCUGCGGAAGUUUGAAAAGCCAGUACUGACGUUGACUGAGCAACCCAAACCACUAACAAAAGUAGCUUGGUGUCCAACAAGAACUGGUUUGUUGGCCACAUUGACUAGAGAUAGUAAUAUAAUUCGUCUGUAUGAUAUGCAACACACACCAGCACCCAUUGGGGAUGAAACUGAGCCUACCAUAAUAGAAAGGAGUGUUCAGCCAUGUGAAAACUACAUUGCCUCAUUUGCUUGGCAUCCAACAAAUCAGAACCGUAUGGUUGUGGUGACAUCAAACAGACUGAUGUCAGAUUUCACUGUCUUUGAGCGAAUAUCAUUGGCAUGGAGUCCAACUACUACUUUGAUGUGGGCAUGUGGCAGGCACUUGUAUAACUGCAGUGAAGAGGGAGAAACUAGUUCUGGAGAAAAGGAUGUUGCCACAAAAAUGAGACAACGAGCACUGUCAAGAUAUGGGCUUGAUACCGAGCAAGUGUGGAGAAAUCAUUUGUUGGCUGGAGAUGAUGACCCUCAGCUGAAAUCUUUAUGGUAUACUCUACAUUUCAUGAAACAAUAUGCUGAAGAUGCAGAACAGAAAUCAUCUGUGAACAAAGUGCCCCUUGUUUACUCUGGCAUUAAAACGAUUUUGAAAUCAAGUGCAGAGAGAAAAACAGAGAGCUAUAAACAUAGUUGGACUGGAUCGGAUCGACAGACAGAUGUGAUCAGGUACCAGAGUGAGGAACGAUGUUUGGCUCUUCAGCUUUGUGGCUGGAUCCAAAAGGGUCCAGAUAUUGAUGUGGGUCCUUUUCUGAACUCAUUGGAACAAGGAGAAGAAUGGGAAAGAGCUGCUGCUGUUGCGCUUUUUAACCUUGACAUCCGAAGAGCAAUAGAGAUUCUCAAUAAGGGAGCUGCUUUAGGAAAAGCAGAUUUGAACCUGAAUGUUGUAGCUAUGGCACUGUCAGGUUACACAGAUGAAAAGGAUUCUUUGUGGCGAGAAAUGUGUAGCACCCUAAGACUGCAGCUAAAUAAUCCUUAUCUGUGCGUCAUGUUUGCCUUUCUGACUAGUGAACCAGGAUCAUAUGAUGGUGUACUGUAUGAGAGCAGCGUAGCUGUACGUGACAGAGUGGCCUUCGCUAAUAUGUUUCUUAAUGACACCCAGAUUCUUCGGUACAUUGACAAACUAACCAGUGAAAUGAAAGAAGCUGGAAACCUAGAGGGAAUUCUAUUAACAGGCUUGACAAAAGAUGGCAUUGACCUCAUGGAGAGUUAUGUAGAUAGGACUGGUGAUGUACAGACAGCAAGUUUCUGUAUGCUUCAAGGUUCUCCCAGUGAUGUUGUGAAGGAUCCCAGGGUCCAAUAUUGGAUUGAGAAUUACAGGAACUUGCUUGAUGCUUGGAGAUUCUGGCAUAAGAGGGCUGAAUUUGACAUCCAUAGGAGUAAAUUGGACCCAUUUUCAAAACCUCUUGCACAGGUGUUUGUGAGCUGUAACUUCUGUGGAAAAUCCAUAUCGUAUAGCUGCUCUGCCAUACCACAUCAGGGGAGAAGCUUCAGCCAGUAUGGUGUGAGUGGUUCUCCUACCAAAUCAAAGGUUACAAGCUGUCCAGGAUGUCGUAAACCCCUUCCUCGCUGUGCACUCUGUCUUAUCAAUAUGGGAACUCCAGUUUCAAGCUGUUUAGGAACUGGAAAGUCUGAUGAAAAGGUUGAUCUCAGCAAAGACAAAAAAUUGGCUCAGUUCAAUAACUGGUUUACUUGGUGCCAAAACUGUCGUCAUGGAGGCCAUGCUGGUCAUAUGCUCAGUUGGUUCAGGGAUCAUCAUGAAUGUCCAGUGUCUGCAUGCAACUGCAAGUGCAUGCAAUUGGAUACAACAGGAAAUUUAAUCCCAGCAGAAACAUCUUAGAACUAAAGCCAUACAUCUAUUACAGCUUCCUCCAUAUCCUUCAAGAUCUUUGUAUACAGUCUGUCACUGAGGAGCCAUAGGUCAAGAUAAUGGGGAAAAAAUGGUUCCAUCAACUUGGCAGUUCUGGUAUCUGAAUGACUUUGUGUACAAAAUAUCAUUUUGGGAUGGCUUUUGUAUUCCAACCAGGGAAUAGACCUGAGAAGUUCACUUGCCACUAGAAAUGAACCACCAUGUGGAUACGCUAGGUUGAAUACAAUGCUCUUGUACUAAAAAUGCAUGGAUUCCUGUAUGAGGAAGUUAGAAUUGAUGUACAGUAGGAAAAUCAAUAACAGGGAAUUAAGCAAAAGAUUAGAGUGGGUUAUUAUUCCAUUUGGUUUAUUUGCAUUUUAAGUUCACGGUAUCCCUAAAUUAGAAUAUUUGUGCACUGAAUGUCUGUCACUCAACAAUUGUUGUGUUACUACAGAUGUUUUCCCUUCCUGGGGAUAUUGUAAAGAAUGUAGCAUGCAAUUCACUACCAUUUCAUAAAAUUAAAUGGAACACGUUUAAUUUCCACGUAAAUAUUAAUAGGGUAUAGAGUCCAUUUACUGAAGCAAUAAUUAUUUAAAUAAACUGCUAAUGAGGUGAUUUAAAAUUGUGAAAUCUAAUGUGGCCUUUGUUUUGCUAGUGGAACCUAUGUUAUUGUGCAAAUUACAUCAAUGUAUUAAUUUAAAAGGAAUUGUAGAAAAUGCAAUACUCACCUUGCACAAUUUUUAAGAUGUUGCAUUUACCAUGUGGUAGUGCUUCUGAUAUUUGUUGUGUUUGUGCCUAAAACCAAAGGUGUUCUAUUUUAAAUUUGUUUUACUGAUUUGUAAAUAAAGUGUAAAUCUUUAGAGGUGUUUUCAACAAUG